GCCGCUGGUCUGACUGCGUCUGUGGAGCAUCAGGGAGAAAGAUGGGUCCCGGGUCCCGGAGCUGGUCGUGGGUCUGGUGCUGCUUGCUGAGCCUGGGUGUUUUGACCCGGGCUCUGGAGCUGGAGGAGCUGUUUGAGUUCGGAGAAGAAGCCGGAGACCAGCAGCUGUCGCCGGGCUCGGACUCCAGCACCGCGCUGCCCCUGAACGCAUCACUGUUCUUCUUCGAUGAAACCUUCGACAGAGUUUACAUUAACACUAACGGGUUUGUGGCUGUUGCCGAGCCUCCGGCUGAGAGGGAGUACCUGGGGAACAUGCCUGCCAGUUUCAAAAUGAUCGCCGCCCUGCUGGGAGACCUGGACAACAGUGACGGCCGGGGGAAGGUCUUCUUCAGGCAGGACAGCAGCCCGGACGUACGGAGUCGAGCCAGUGAGCACAUCAGGCGGGCUUUCCCCAGAGACGAAGUAGUGGAGCCCCCCAGUGUCCUCAUCGUCACCUGGGUGAACAUGGCGGCCCAGGGGACGUCUGGACGAGGGGACGGACUGGACGCUAAGAGAAACACCUUCCAGCUGGUUGUGGCCUCCAUGGAGUCGUCCUCCUGUGCCAUCCUCUUGUACCCUAGAGAUGGCCUGCAGUUCCUUUCCACAUCCGUUGGGGGUGAGAGUAAGGUCCUGGAGGCUGGCUUCAAUGAAGGACUUGUGCAGGGCUGGUUCUGGAACACCAAACAGGGGACGUACUUCCGAACCACCACCGACGACGAGGCCUCCAUUGGGGAACUUACUGAAAAGACGAACUGUGGACAAAAAGGAGUUUGGGUGUAUGAGAUCGGUGCCUCGCCAUUCUUUGUCGCCAUCCUACCAGGAAUGGUCCAAAGCCUUCCUGGGGAGGAGGAGACUACCACCGAACCUCCCGUGACCAUGUUGCCAAGGCAGCCCGAUGAGCAACAGGAGGUGGACUUCUCAACCUACGAAAUCCAGACAACGAUGACAACUGAAGCAGCACCAUUAGAACAAGAGGAGUUUCCCGCUGAAACUCCCACAGAGUACCAACCCGUUUACCCAGAAGCCAAGAUGGUCACACCAGAAUAUCCCAGACCACAGCCUGACGAGCCAGAGGCUGAGACAGUUACACCAGGGUAUACCAAACCGAAGACUGAAGAGCUGGAUUAUGAGGAACCACGCCAGUUUAGGCCGGAAUACCCAGAAUCUGAGACGGUCACACCAACAUACGCCAGCCCUGAAAGGGUUCAACCAACAUACCCUGACCAAACCGAGACCAGAUACCCCAUCUCUGAGCCUUUGGAACCAAGACACGCCGUCACUGAACCCAGUGAACGGAGAUAUUCUCCAGACCAAUCAAGGUACCCUGACCCUGAUCCAGUCCAAACACAAUACGCCAACCCAGUCCAACCAGUGCCACCCCAUUCCCAGCCCCAGCACCCCCAGAUUGUUGUGGUGGAUGAAGAUGAAGAUCUGAACGUGAAUGUGUUUGGGUACAAUCUGGAGACCUGUGCCCACCACAGGCACAAGUGCUCGGCUUUUGCUGACUGCCGGGAUUACAGCAACGGGUACUGCUGUCACUGUAGGCCUGGUUUCUAUGGUAAUGGGAAGGACUGCAUUGCAGAAGGAAAACCACAGAGGAUGAAUGGAAAGGUGAAUGGCCGAGUGUUUGUGGGAAACUCGCCUUCACCCACGGUGCUCAGUAACAACGACUUGCACUCAUACGUGGUGGCCAAUGAUGGACGGGCCUACGUGGCCAUCAGCAACAUCCCUGACAGCGUGGGCCCCUCCCUUCAACCGCUGUCCUCCCUGGGAGGCGUCAUUGGCUGGGCCUUCGCCCUGGAGCAGCCGGGCUACCAGAACGGCUUCAGUCUAAUUGGUGGCGUGUUUUCCCGGCAGACCGAGGUGAUCUUCCAGCCUGGAAAUGAGCGUCUGAGCAUCAAGCAGCAGUUUAAAGGAAUCGACGAACACGACCACCUGGUGGUGAGCACGGAGCUGGAGGGACAUGUGCCCGCCAUCCCGCUGGGAUCCUCCGUCCAGAUCAACCCAUACAAAGAGAUCUACCAGUACGACAGGAACUUGAUCACUUCCUCCUCCAACCGCGACUACACCAUCACUUCCCCUGACGGCUCUGUCCAGACCAGAAGCUACCAGUGGCGUCAGACUGUCACCUUCCAGAGCUGCCCACACGACGAGGCCGCCGAGGCAGCACCAGCCACCCAGCAGCUCAGCGUGGAUCAGAUCUUUGUGAUGUUCGACGCCAGCAACCAUCUAAUCCGCUACGCCAUGAGCAACAAGAUCGGCUCCGUCCACAGCAGUCUCCCAGAGCAGAAUCCGUGUUUCACCGGCCGACACGGCUGUGACAUCAACGCCGUGUGCAGACCAGGUGAAGGUCUCCAGUUCACCUGCGAAUGUGCUGCUGGUUUCGCCGGAGACGGACGCUACUGCCACGAUAUUGACGAGUGCAGGGAGACUCCCCGGGUCUGUGGACCCGACGCCGUCUGCAGCAAUCAGCCCGGAACCUUCCGCUGUGAGUGUCUGAGCGGCUUCGUGUUCGCCAGCGAUGGACGGACCUGCAUCGCGGAGAACCGUCCGGUGGAUCACUGCCAGAGAGGAAGUCACGACUGUGACGUUCCUGAGAGAGCCGUGUGCAGCUACACCGGAGGCUCGGCCUACGUCUGCUCCUGCCUGCCGGGCUUUGUGGGUGACGGCCGGGCGUGUCGGGACGUAGACGAGUGUCAGCAGGAUCGAUGCCACCGCGACGCCUUCUGCUCCAACACGCAUGGCUCCUACACCUGCCAGUGUCGUCCUGGUUUCCAUGGCGACGGAUUCCAGUGCAGUCCCGUGUCCUCAGAGCGGGAGCAGACUCGGUGCGAGCGUCACAGGGACAGCGCCCGGGCCUCCGCCGCCUCAGCCUCCGGUCUCUUCUCCCUCUUCCGUCCCCGUCCGGCCGCGGGUCUGUACGUCCCACAGUGUGACGAACACGGAGCCUACGAGCCCACGCAGUGCCACGCCGGCAUCGGACAGUGCUGGUGUGUGGACGCCAACGGUCAGGAGAUCCCCAACACCCGGACCGGACCCGGCAGCACUCCUCUGUGUAUCAACCAGGCAGUGACUCCUGCUCCGGUGGGUCCGACGCCGCGGCCGGAUGUUCAGCCCGUGGCUCCGGGAACACACCUGCUGUUUGCUCAGAGCGGGAAAAUCGAACACGUUCCUUUGGCCGGAUACAGCAUGAAGAAGGAGGAGGCCAAACCUCUGCUGCACAUCCCUGACCGGGUGGUGAUCGCCGUGGCCUACGACUGCGUGGAGAAGAUGGUUUACUGGACCGACAUCACCGGGCCGGCGAUCAGCAAGGCCAGUCUGAGCGGCGGGGACAUCGUCCCGGUCAUCACUAAAGAGCUGCAGAGUCCUGAGGGCAUCGCCAUCGACCACGUGUCCCGUCUCCUCUUCUGGACCGACUCCAUGCGAGACACCGUGGAGGUCUCCAAGCUGGACGGCAGCCAGCGCCGAGUCCUGUUCGACACCGACCUGGUCAACCCUCGACCCAUCGUCACCAGCCCAGCGUACGGGCGGCUGUACUGGGCAGACUGGAACAGAGACGGGCCGAAAAUUGAGAUGUCCAACAUGGACGGGACAGAGCGGACCGUCCUGGUGAAUGAUGACCUGGGGCUUCCCAACGGUCUGACCUUUGACCCCGACAACCAGCAGCUGUGCUGGGCCGACGCAGGAACUCGUAAGGUGGAGUGUAUGGAUCCUCACCGGCGGCUGAGGCGGCAGAUCGUGGACGGGAUCCAGUACCCCUUCGCUCUGGUCUCGUUUGGAAGGAACCUGUAUUACACCGACUGGAGGAGGGAGGCCGUGGUCGCUGUGGACCGUCACUCACUCAAAGAGACGGAAGAGUUUCUGCCGCAGAAACGGUCUCGGCUGUACGGCAUCACCACGACGCCCACGCAGUGUCCACAAGCUUUUAACUACUGCGCCAACAACGGCGGCUGCUCUCACCUGUGCCUGCCGCGGCUCGGCGGGUUCACCUGCCGCUGCCCGGACGCCGCCGACGGUCGAUGUGAGGAGAGAAACCUGUGAGUGGGCGGAGCGACGGC